AUGUCUUCGAUCAUUGUAUAUGGAUAUGGCGGAUCGCCAUAUACGCAACUCGUGAAAUGGUAUCUCGCGCUACGAGGAAUUGGCUAUACAGAAUGCCCUCAACCGAUGACGAUGCCUCGUCCCGAUGUGGCAGGACUGGGCGUGGGAUAUCGUCGCAUUCCCCUGACUGCCAUUGGUAGGGAUGUCUUCUGCGAUACGCCAUUGAUUCUGGAUGAGCUGGAAGAGCGCACCAAGGGACAGGGAAAGCAGAUCAACCAACCUUCUGGGGCAGGAUUUGAGAGAUUCCUCCGCCAAUGGAGCGGGGAUAGUCUCUUUCAGACUGUCGCUGGGAUGCUGCCGUCUGAUCUGUUGACGGAUGAAUUCCUUCGUGAUCGUGCCCAGCUCACCGGGGCAACUUGGGAUAGAAAGAAGAUGAAUCUGGCUCGUCCAUUUGCUGUAUCCAAAAUGCGACAGGAGUUCCACUUUGUCGAGACUGUCUUGCUGGCAGAUAACAAGCAGUGGGUGCAAGGCACAUCCGAGCCCAGUUUAGGCGACCUGUACGCUGUCUGGCCCUUUGCCUGGGUUGUCAGUAUCCCCGGCGCAUUGAAAGGAACUGAUAUCACUCCUGACACCUUCCCCCGCACGUUUGACUGGAUUUCUCGAUUUGUAUCCAUUGCGACCGCAAAGUCUCGCGCAAUCAAGGUAAACAAGGUAAAUGGCGACACCGCACGACAAACCAUCCUGGGCUCUUCGUUCCGCACGGAAAAGGAGGCCUUCGAUCAGGCUGAUCCAUGUGGGUAUCAUCUCAACAGUCUUGUUGAUGUAAGCCCGACAGACUGGGGAAAGCACAAUCCCACACGAGGCAGAUUGGUUGGCCUGUCUAUGCGAGAGUUUGUCCUGGAAGUCGAGGAGAAGAAUGGUAGCACUUUGCGAGUGCAUUUCCCGCGGCGAGGAUUUGCCGUCAAGACUGUGGCGGAGUCGAAGAUCUGACGAUAAGCUUAUAUCGCCUGUUUGGAUGGAGGAUUAUUCAUAUCAUAUCAUAUCAUCUUACAUGUAUGAGAUUAUUCAUUAUUUGUGAUUUGUUGUACGUACAGUUGUCUUUGCCACGAUACCUGAACCUUUGAAUACCAUGCCACACAGUCGCAUACCAUAAAC